AUGAAGGAUCCUGAACUCGGGAAUUUUUGUGACUUCACGGCCCCGAUUCGUGGAGUGUACUACAUCCGCUUCACCGCCAACGCCCCCUCCAACUUCCCCAUGAGCGCCGUGCUUUACAAGAACGACAACCACAUCGAGCUGAUCGCCCACGAGCAGCCGGGGGGCGAGGGCAGCGACACGGCGUCCAACGGCGCCGCCCUGAUGCUGGAGGAGGGCGACAGACUGAAGAUGGUGCUGUGGACCGACACUCAGAUCUGGGACAACAGCAACCACCACAGCACCUUCAGCGGCUUCCUGCUGUUCCCCCAGUGAGCGCC